UUGCGGCAUGCUCAGCACUUUGGCCCAGCUGCCAGAGCUUGGUACAGGUGAGCGGCACCUGGAGCCGGAGAGGCACAGCGGCCAGGAGCAGGACAGCUGGAAAGAGCUCCCACUUAGGCUGACAGAAAUGGCCCUUGCUCUGUGGAAGAACUUUCUUCAGAUUACAAUGAAAAGGAUACUACAGCAAAGAAGGUUGUCACUGUAUAAUGGUGCUCAUGGCUAUGAGGAAGAAUUGAUAAAGAAGAAACUUCAGCAGUUUUCUGGUGGAUCUGUCAACCUUGUGAAAGAAGACAAUGGCAUUGCAAUACUUACUUUGAAUAACCCCAAGUUCAUGAAUGCCUUCACAGGCACCAUGAUGGUAGAACUCCAGGAGAGGGUAACUGAACUGGAAAACUGGAAGGAUGGCAAAGGUCUUAUAAUCCAUGGUGCAGGAAAUACUUUUUGCUCAGGAUCUGAUUUGAAUGUUGUCAAAGAAAUAUCCAAUUCCCAGGAUGGGAUGAAUAUGUGCAUGUUUAUGCAAAACACCUUAACCAGGCUUAUGAGGUUGCCUUUGAUCAGUGUUGCACUAGUUCAAGGAAAAGCUUUUGGAGGAGGAGCAGAACUUACCACAGCAUGUGAUUUCAGGUUGAUGACGCCUGGCAGUGAGAUUCGGUUUGUGCACAAGCGCAUGGGGCUGGUGCCGGGCUGGGGGGGCGGUGCGCGGCUGGCGCGGCUCGUGGGCAGCGGGGCAGCGCUGCGGCUGCUGGCCGGGGCUGAGCGGGUGGGCCCCGAGAGAGCGCUGGGGCUGGGGCUCGCCGAGCUCACGCUGCCCGCCGCCGAUGAAGCCGCCGCGCUGGCAGAGGCCCGCGCCUGGCUCAGUCAGUACACGGACGGUCCGGCCGCCGUCGUUCGGGCCGUGAAAAAGGUCGUGACAGCAGCAAGAGAGCUCCCACUGGAAGACGCCCUAAGGACAGAGAAGGACAUUUUUGGAACUGUAUGGGGUGGGCCUGCCAACUUGGAAGCAUUGGUGAGAAGACCAAAACAUAAAUGAUGGUUUAUGCAUAAGAAAUGGGCUUGACUUUUUUGCAAACAAAGCUUUCAGUAAAGCAGCCGUUAAGCUGAAUCAUUUAAGGACUUGUCUAUUUAAAAUGGCAUUAACAUUCCUGCCAUUUAGGUCAGGCAGGCAUAUUUGGUGUGCAACCACAGAGAAAUCCCGGGCAGAUUCUCUGCUGUCCUAAUCACCCACUGAAUCGAGAUUAGUGAAAUUACUAUGUAAAGGUAAAUACUGUGCUGAAAAUAGAACUAUAAUUCAUUUGGAA